AUGAAAAUAGCUGUUGAAGGAUGUGCUCAUGGCGAGCUGGAAAACAUUUACGACACCAUCCAAAUGACACAAGAAAAACACGGGAUAAAAAUAGACCUGCUGAUUUGUUGUGGAGACUUCCAAUCGUGUAGAAACAAAGAUGAUCUGUUGUGUAUGGCAGUUCCCCAAAAGUACCAGAACAUAUGCACCUUUUACAAGUAUUACUCAGGUGAAAAGACAGCUCCUGUAUUGACAAUAUUCAUUGGUGGCAAUCAUGAGGCUUCAAAUUACUUGCAAGAACUCCCUUAUGGUGGAUGGGUAGCCCCAAAUAUAUUUUAUCUAGGUUAUGCGGCCGUCAUCAAUAUAGCAGGUGUUAGGAUAGCUGGGUUAUCUGGAAUCUACAAAAGUAAGGACUACAAUAAAGGUCAUUUUGAGAAACCCCCUUAUGAUGAAAACUCCAAGAGAACUGUGUAUCAUGUGAGAAAUUUGGAGGUGUUCAGACUGAAACAGUUAACAGGAAAUGUAGAUAUAUUCUUGUCCCAUGACUGGCCAAGUGAGGUGUACAAACAUGGAAAUGUCAAACAGUUACUAAAAAGGAAGCCUUUCUUCAGGGAAGAUGUUGAGAAGGGAGAAUUGGGAAGCAAAGUAUGUGAAGACCUUCUGCACCAAGUGAAGCCUAAGUACUGGUUUUCUGCCCAUCUACAUUGUAAAUAUGCUGCAUUAGUGAAACAUGACAAUGACUCUGUGACUAAAUUCUUAGCACUAGAUAAGUGUCUGCCAAAAAGAAAGUUUUUGCAGAUAAUGGAAGUGUCACAUGAUGAUAAGGCUAAGAUGGACAUCAGUUAUGAUUUGGAAUGGCUGACUAUUUUGUAUCUGACCAAUCAUUUGCUGUCUGUGAAGGGCACAAAUGUUUAUAUGCCUGGACCAGGAACACAGGAAAGGUACAAUUUCGCGCCUUCCGAAGAAGAAAAGGCCCACGUGCUGUCGAGGUUCGACAACGAUCUGACCGUACCGAAAAACUUCGUGAAAACGGCGGCGGCCUUCGACCCCGGCGCCCCCAAAACCAAACCGAAGCCCCCCGAGCCGGUGCUCAACCCCCAGACAGUCUUGUUCUGCGACAAGCUGGCCGUGGACGAUCCGGUGUCGCAAGCCUCAGAAAACGAUGGGACGCAGAUGGACCAGAGCAUAGCAAGCCUGACGGCCUCAUUCAUCGACGACACAAUCGAGAACGAUUCAUUGAAUUCCUCUCAACUCACCCCGUUGAAAAGGCUGAAUUUGUCCCUACCCGACCCUAAAGUAGAAGAAGAAGACAAAGACAUGUUCGACGACAGCGCGGCUAGCGUGGAAGAAAACGAGAAAUCACAGGAAGAAAAUGUGAAAUCAGAAGAGAAGGAUUCGUCGCUUGCGAAGGUGGAACAGAGCCGGAGCGAGGAUGCGAAAGAAGUGGAAGAGGUGGUGAUGGCUUGCGAUUCGCCUACUCCUAAGAAACUGAAGCGGAGGAAUAUCGAGAUGUAUCAGAAUGAUGAAUGA